AGGUAAAGAGAGGCCACACGAGCGUUUCCGGUUAGUUGCGUCGACGCAACGUCGUGUGGCAUGUAGAACGAAGCGACUGAGCAUAUUUUUGGUUGUUUUUGUAAUUUGUCCUGUGUCCCUGUUCAAUAAAGUACCCACUAAAAGUGCUUCGGGUUCGAAUACCGUCCGAGUCAGAACUUUUCAACUUUUCUCACACACAGAUAACGUGAUUAAGAAGAUUUUAGAUUGACUUUCCGUGCGGCCUGUGAAAAGUGGUUUCCCGUUUAGUGGGCAAGUGUUGGUGGGUUUAGAAAUGUCGUGUUUCGGGGGCAGCGUACUCAUCCCCGACUAGAGCCGCGUGUGAAACAGUGCAGUGUUGUGAUGAUGUGAGUGUGUGAGUGCCCGCAAAGCCGGAAAGGAAAACCGCCACCAUGCUGCCUACAAACGUUAUGUCCUUUAUGAAAAAGAUGGUGGCGACGGAGGACACGAGCGCGGUGUCGGGCCAGAUGGACUCGCCGGGCACCUUCGGCAAGCUCCGCCAGACGCUCUCCUCUUCACUGCUCACUGCACAGGACAAAGUAACCAAGAUGGGCCCGCGGUCGGGCGCGGCAGAGGUAGCAGUGGAGCCGGCGCCGGCGCCGCCGCCCGCUCAGCCACCGCCCGCGCCUACGCCCACCGCCAAGCAAGAACGUGAAGCGGGCAAGGCGCCGUCGCGCGUGGGGGCGUGUCGUGUGUGCCUCAAGGCCCUCAAGCCGGGCGAGGUGUUCCACACCUGCAACGGCUGUCAGCACCGCGUUUGCGAGGACUGCUCCUCAUACUCCAAGCCAGCCAGCGACGAAGAGGCUAACUCCUGGCGCUGCUCAGUAUGCCGUCGCAAGGCAGCCCCUCGCCUGCCACCAGCUGCUCAGGACAGCACAGACUCUCUGCUGGACGUGCCUGUCCUCGAGGCACUACAACGUCGUCACUCAGAGGCACGCCUUGGCAGCGGAGGCAGUUCCUCCGGGCUCGCACCGCCUCGCUCUCCGGAGCUGCGACGACACUCAGACGUCUCACCAGCGUCCCUUAAGGAACUAGAAAAGUUGAAGGGUGGCGGCAGCGCGACGCCGGCCGAGGUGGGGUCGCGCCGGCCGAGCACGGUCGCGCCCGUGCGCCGGCGCUCAGUGCGUUCGCCGCGACAGCGUUCCGUCGACGAGGACAAAGCUGGCCAACAGGCUGCCUUGAACGCGCCGCCGCCUAUGUCGCGCAGGUCAUCGGCGGUGGACGUGGUGGGCGGGUCCCAGUCGCGGCGCGGCUCGUACCGCGCGCCGGACGAGUCUGAGUCCGCGCCGCCCAGCAUCGCUGGCCUGAGUGUAGAUGAGGAUCGACCCAUCCGGCGCCGCGGCAGCCAGUUGCCAGACAUAGCAGCGUUACAACAGCGAACAGGAGCGCUUAGCGCAAUGGCGGCGCUUACAUCUCGAGGCUCCGACCACAGCGACACGCAGGCUUCCGCUGCUGCCUCCGCCGCCGCCGCCGCCGCCGCGCGACAGAUGUCCGUCGACGCUGAAGCCAUCAAGAUUGUCAUACAUGACGUUGACGACCGCACGCCACGCCGUGUCUCACUUCGAAGGGACCCCAACGACAAAGGACAUCGAUCGCGCGGCUUCGGUAUGCGCGUUGUGGGCGGCAAGCCGGACGCGAGUGGCCGGCGCGAGGCCGUCAUAGUUUGGACUGUGCCCGGUGGACCCGCUGACUUGGCCGGCCUACAACAGGGAGAUAAGGUGCUGGAAUGGGGCGGAGUGCCGCUAACAGAGCGCAGUUUCGAGGAGGUGUGCGCGGUGCUGGAGCGCGGCGGCGACAACGUGGAGCUGCUGGUGGAGCCGGCACCGCAGACCGAUGAGCCGCCGACCGCGCCCGGCGCCGCCACCUCCUCGCACCACCACCACGCGCUCUACGAACCGGAUACGGACAAAUCGCCAUCGUCGCCGACUCGACGGAAAUUGCCGAAAACCCCGGAGCAAGAUCGUGCUGAGCGCGCGCGCGAGCGUCCGCCGGCGCGGGCGCAGCUGCAGGUGUGGUUCGAGAGCGAGCUACGGAAACUAGUGGUGGUACUGAUUGCUGCCGACGACCUGCCUCCGAGGGACCACACGCUCGGCUACGGUGACGAGCCUGAAGCUUUCGCCAGAAUACGUCUAUUGCCGUCAUUGGAGAGCUGCCCGCCGGUGGAGACCGACCCGGCGUCAGCGUCCUGCAGCCCCGUGUGGAACGCUACUCUCGGUUUCGGAGGCCUCACAGCAGACUUGUUGGCAGGCCGCGCUCUUGAGCUCACUCUGUGGGAUGCCUGUCCCGGAAUCGAUCCUGUGCUCAUCGGAGAGUGCACGAUGGAAGUUGAAAAGGCAUUUGCUGAGGAACGCGCAGUGUGGUGGACACUGGAGGAGCGCGGCACGAGGUCCGCCAACGCCUCGCCCCGCGGCUCGCUCACAGGUGCGCGAGCGUUGCGCCGCGGGGACUUCGCCUCGCAGCGCUCUGUCUCAGAUGAUGUGGACUCGAUUGGCGAGUGCGCGUCUCUUCUGCAUCCCGAUCACGCUUGGGUGGGCGGCUCUCGCCGAGGCUCGUCGCAGUCUGAGACCUUAGAGGUAGAGGUCUACCAGCUUGGAAAAGACUUCUCCCGUUCUCUUCCCGGAUCCCGACGAUCAUCAUUCCAGCAAGCCGAGAAAGAUGGCGGUGGAGACGCGAGCGGCGCCCCGUCGCGCCGCGGCGAGCGCCGGCGUUCCUCGUGCGUGCGCCGCGACCCCGACGAUAUCUUGCGCUCCCUGCGCGCAGUCAAGGGUGAACUUGGCCGUACUCUCUCCCUCUCCGGGUCCACGGCCAGGCGCACGGCGACGGGGCGCAAGGGCAGCAUGUGGGCGGCGGUGCCGGCGGCGGCGGCGCAGGACAAGCUGGGCGACGACGACGACGACGUGCCGCUGGGGCCCGGCCAGCUGCCGCCACGCAACGCCACCCUCGCGCCGCUACACGCUGAGAUCAAUCUCAGCAUCAUCAUGAUCAAAGGACAGUUGGAACUUGAGGUAUCUCACGCUCGUCGAGUGUACGGAGUGAAUGGAGAAGUGCCGGAUUCGUACGUGAAGUGCUACAUGCGCGACGGGGACAAGUGGCUGCACAAGCGCAAGACACGCGUCGUCCGCCGUACCACCGAGCCGCACUUCAAACAGACACUCAAAUACCAGGCGAGCGAUGCGCUCGGGCGUACGCUAGUAGUGAUGCUGUGGCAGCGCUGCGGCGGGUUCGAACACAACCUAGCGCUGGGUGGCGCGGAGAUCUGCCUGGACAAGCUGACGCUGCCUCAGCGCACGUACGGCUGGUACCCGCUGUUCCCCGCCACCUCCUUCGCCGGUGCCGACUCGCCCGACUGAUCCAGAGAGCCGUCGCCGGAGCGCCGCGACGACUAGCGCUCCCGACGGCUCACACACACCCCACUCGCUCCAAAAGUCGCCAUCAGAGCCCAUUGCUCUACGUCGUCCACUUUCAAGCAGCACGCUGCCCAUUUGCUGCCCUUCGUUGUGAACAAUCCUAUUUAGGCGAUCUCAGGCUCUAACUAUAGGUUGUUGCCCGCCUAGAUCAGCCAUUAGACAUUAAACAAUGUACAUAAUAUAACUUGAAAUGUAUUAAGCAACAUAUAUGUUACUUAUCCGAUAAACCCGCUAAUUACCUAGGUAUUUUGUUAUAGCUUUAUCUUUAUUGAAACGUACAAAGGUUUAUGUAAAUAAGUCACUUGAUUGGUCAUCGAUGUGAUACUCAGCCGUGUGCUGUAUUUAUUGGUCCUUACGGGCAGGCCCCUAGCGACCGGGAAUGACACCAUUUAGAAUGUAGUUAACUUGAAAAGGAGCUUAUUAAAAGUUGCUUUGGUUUUAAAUUAAAUGGAUUUAUACAUUUUUAGACAUGAUUACUGAAAUUGCGACUUUAAAUUCAUCCAAAAUAAUAAUUAAAAUAUUUGGAGGACCUUCAAAAUAAUCUACCAUCACAAUAAUUUGAGAGAACAACUUAGCAACGCUCUAUACGCGAUUCAAAUAAAAUAUUUGUAGCGCUUUUAUAUGUUUAUGUGUAAAUCUGAAAUAUAUAACCUAUUUACGUAAAUGUUCCAUUUAUAGAAUAUGUAGAUGAAUGGGUAAAUGACAACUGUGUACUAUUUCCAAAACAGUAAGCUGUUAACUAUAUUAAAACUUGGAUGAAACUACAAACUUCACUUGCCCAGUCAUCUUUUAUAAUAUUAUACAGAAAUUAGAUCAUUACAAAGAGAUCAAUCGUAGAGCAUGCCAUAGUGAUUGAUUAUCUGCUUCUAUCGAAUAUGUCUCCUUUUCCUGCUAAACAUUAUACUUCAUCUUUAGGUCAGGAUUCACCACUUUAUACAAUAUCUCACCCGGUUUUUCUUUUUAAUUUUAUAGUCACUUGCUACAACUAUCGAUCUUAAUAAAAAUCAUCUAAAUAACCCCAACUUUGACACUUUGCCUUAUAUGAUAUAUAAAAAAUUCUAAGGUUAUUCUAGUGAGUAAGCGCGUCUAGGUACUAUUCUUCCAAGGUUGUGCUUUAGUGAAUUUCCCUAAUGUAUACUUACAACUUGGUUUAUAGUCAUUGCUAAACUAAAGUCUUAGAGCUUCUUUUCUUGUGUCAAAAGUUUACAAUCUAUCUGUUCGUAUUUACUGUAAAUAUCUAAGGUAAAAUUGUUUUCCCUAAAAUUUCUACGCACAACUACUUUCGUGAUAGAGUUAAAUUUUGAUCAUCCUUUUAUAGUCUAUAACUUCUACGAAUGUACACAAGUUUGACAAAUACUGUAUACAUAUGAAGUCUUCGAUAUCAAUAUAAUCAAAUUAAGUAGACAGUUUGAGAUCAUGUCAAUCGUAGAGUCAUGCAAUCAUAAAGUUUGUGCCAUGUUCACGUCAUCAGUGUAUUAUAUCUAAUGUAGAGAGAGACAUACUCGUUGUAUAAAGGAGCGAUCCAGAAUUGGGCACGAGAGGUAUGAGCAAAUGUUGUCAUCUGCGCACUGAGUUGCCGGCCAGGCGCCGACCCAGCUCCUUAGUUAGUACUUACAAUUUGUAUGUAGAUAAAUCACAUAUUCGUGAAAAAUAUUUUUAUUGUCGGUGUUAGAUACGAAGUAACAUAUCUACGCGAGAAAUCUUACUGUAAUAUAACUCGUCAAAAUCUGUGUUCUUCCAGUGCUGUCGUAGCUUAGUGGCUCGCCUGACAAUAUCUUACUGGUUCACUAUCGUUUACUACUUGACAGCGUGGCGGUGACCACUGCAGGAACCUCGCGCACGCGCUGUGCACGCUACUUACUACUUACAUCGUUAGGUAACUUAUCAUAAUAUAUUUUCAAUGCCUAUUCUCUAUUUAAUUUAUCAUUGUUGUACAUUUCUAAAGAGAGAGAAUGUUUAUAGAAUGUCUCAGUACCUAUUAGACUAGAUAUAUUUAAAACAUUCAAAUGUUACAAAUUGCCUAAAUAUAUAUCUAGGAUAUAUCAACAACCAGUCAUUGAAUAUAUUUUUACAAAAUAAUUUUCUAUUGUGUCGUAUUCUAAAUUGUUAAAAGGGGAAUGAACAAAAUAAACAUAUAUUAUUUAUCAAAUGUAUCAAACAAAAUUAGUUGUUAAAUAAAAGAUAAUAUAACAACUGAUUUCGACGUUUGUCGAGAUUGGUCAAAACCAACUUACGCUUAUUAACUCGAUAUUUAGAUUAACAAAAUUAUAUCUUACGUAAGAGACAAAUGUAAAAUGGUAUUAUCUAAUAUAAUGUGCCUCGACCCUGUCGCCCCACCCUUCACGUACAUAUCUCAAGCAUAGUGAUGGAUAAUGCACGUGGUCCAUUUAUCUGCAUCCUUAUCUGUAGCGUGAGUGAACAAAUCACUUGUGAUAUUGUAUCCGAUAUCAUACAGUACCUUACUUAACUAACUUUAACUUUCAUACUUUUAGUGUCGUAUUGGUUCUUCCUAGAUACAAAAAGAUCUCUGCUAAAUCCCUCUUUCUUGGUAAAUACUGGAAGCUAACUUAUUCUAUACUGUUACAAAGGUUAUAAAUUGUAUUUUCCAAAAAUUUAAAUACUGUCAUAAAACUGAAUUUUCAAAGCUUUUGAAGGUUUUUUUUUAGAUACUUACUUAAUAUAUUAUUGUUACAAGUAAACUAUAACUCUGAUAUAUGUAGAAUCUUUAUAUGAAUGUCGGUCUUUCAGUAUUAAUCAUGAAAAUGGAGUAGAGCUCUACAAAUCCUAGUACGUAACAAAUAUGUGUGUCAAAGUAUAUUAUUAAAUAAAUGUGAUAACAAAUGAGUUUAUUAUAGCGAUAUAAAGAUCA